AUGACCGUCCUGGGGGCAGGGGAUGAAGUCAAAGCUGAGUCCUGGAGGAGGAAGGUGAUGCGUGACAGCGGUCCAGACCCGGACCAAGAGGCCAAGGCCCGGCGUCAGGCUCACCUUGAGCAGCGCCAUCUAGAGGCCUAUAGGAACAUGCACCGGCUCCGAGAUGCUCUCUGUCAACGCUAUGCUGCCCUGCUCAAAAACAAGGUCCACUCACAAAGAUUACUGUUGCAGCAGAGGGAUGAGACAGCCAGAGCAAAGUUACACACAGAAGCUAAGCAGAAACAAAAGAAGUUGGCCUUCUCCAAGCUGCAGCACAAUGACUCAUACCUGAAGUCACUCCCCAAGACCAGCUAUUACCUGAUCUUUGACCUCCAGAAGCAGUUAGCUGAGCUUGGAUAUCUGAAAACCCACCAUGACUUGGAAGACUUUUAUAGGUGCAUCACAUAUAACCGUCACCCAACACAGCUGCAUAAAAGUCUGGAGGAUGUCAGAAAAAGGAUGCUGGAAAGAAGACCUGCAGCUAAUUUGAUGAUUCAAUACAAGACACCAGAACAACAUCUCUGUACUGCUGAAGAUGGAGGACAUGAAGAUCAUUGCAGGUUAUUAGAGCAAGGGUCUGGUUCAGGUGAGAGUUCGGCGGAAAUGAUCUUCAGUUGCAGCUGGGAGAAGGAUGAAAUUGAGCAAAUGUUUCCCAAGAUGAAAGUCCCCACGUUUGCAACCCUACAGCCAAACUUUAUGAGGAACUUCCAGAGCAAGAUGCCUGAUUUGAUUCUCUCUGAGAUUCCUGAGAAGAGCCGGAAAGCAGAGAUUUACGUGAGACGUCUGAGACAAAUGCAUGGUCUUUGUUUAACCAACAUGGCCUUCUCCCAAAGACUGCUGGACAGAGAGGCAGACUCACUGUGCUGGCAGGAGGAGCGAGGCAACCAAGAUUUGGUGCUUCCAGGCAUUGAUGACUCCAAACAAGGGAAGACGAGCCAGACCAACCAGGCGCCUCUCUGCUCUCCCGAACAGCCAAGAAGUGUCCAGAAUGACCGAUGUUCAUGUCCUCAGCAGCUGAGCAGAAUGACCCCAGCCAGGCGCCGACAUCAUGAGCAUCUGGUUUGGGACACAACAGUGUGCUGCCGUAAAACACCUGAUCCACUGUCCAUUGACGAUGUGUGUCGACAAAAGCACGUACAGAUAAUUGACCGUAGCUUCAAACUAUGGAGGAACUAUGUAGAAAACACAGAUCACUGAAUAUAUCACCAUCUGUGGAACAUGCGCAGUUAUUAUUGUGUCAGUCAUCUAUCUAUCUAUCUAUCUAUCUAUCUAUCUAUCUAUCUAUCUAUCUAUCUAUCUAUCUAUCUAUCUAUCUAUCUAUCUAUCUAUCUAUCUAUCUAUCUAUCUAUCUACCAUUUCUGAACCUAACCUUUCUAUACCUU